AUGAGUUUAACCAAUUUGAAGCAAUAUGUCGACCCAGCAGGUGUAUUCUGCUUGAACGUGGAAGAUGAGAAUGCUGUGAAGCAGCUCCUAGGAAGAACUGGAUCUGGUAUUGGAUUGAUUACUUCAGAUGCAGACGAGAACCUGCUGUGUAGCAUUGCGUUUGAUCAGACAGUAAAAGUGAGCUCCUUCAAGCUCGGACACACGGAUUUAGAAUAUGCACCUAAAGAUAUCAAGGUGUUCAUCAACUUACCAGAACUUGAUUUCGAUAAGGCAGAAGAUGAUCUAGAGACGCCUAAGGGUGAUGCCAUGGCUAUUUUGACAUUAAAUGAGAAGCAAGCUGUUGGUGAGGAGAGUGUUCAGCUUCGUUUCGUCAGAUUCCAAGCUGUGAAUUCGAUACAAGUCUAUGUGAAAUCUAAUUAUGGUGGUGGGGAUGUUACCAAGAUCAGUCAAGUAGACUUCUACGGACAGAGCGUUCACACGACAAAGAUGAGCAACUUCGGUAAAGACGAUGAAUAA